AUGCGCUCCAUUACGCUUCUUGCUCUGGCACUGCCGCUUAUCGCGGCCUUACCCCUUGACGAGGCAGUGCCCGUGCAAAACAAGGAGAUGAGGUGGACACCCUCGAAGGGUGAACUGGGCGAGACCAUCUGGAAUGGUCUUGCAGGAGAGACGGGCGGGUCGAAACCGGAUAUCACGUACUGGGGUCCUCAGGCCAACACGGACGGGUCAAAGGGAAAAGGCUUGCCCGAGGAAAUGGAUGGGACCAAAAGGCCCGAACCGGUGGGGGAAAACGGUUCUAAGCCUCCCAUGCCUCCGCGCCCGGCAACUGCCGAUAUGCCUCCCCCGGACGCAGAAGUCGACAACGGCGACGAACUCGCGUGCCCAGGCGGCGAUGACGGCAAGCCCGACGAAGACUUAAAGCCCCGGCCUUCUUCGACUCCCAAGCUGGCCCGACCACAGCCCGCCGGCGGAGCCACCGGUAACGGCACUGGUUCUACUCCGGGCCCCGUCCCCGAGAAUGCCAAAGCCGGUCUGGCCAAGGUUAACGACUUGCGAGCUCUCCACAGCGCUCCCUCCCUGACAUGGGAUAAGGGGCUCGAGAAAAUGGCUCAAGAUUGGGUCAACUUAUGCAAAUUUGCACACGGGGGCACUGAAAGGGGAACGGGCCAAAACAUCUAUGCCAGCAGCAUAGAAUUAGGCCCUGAAGAUGACUACCUCAGCGAGCCUACCCAGUCUUGGUAUAGCGAAGAACCACAAUAUGCUAGCACCGGGUACGGUGAGCCUCGCCAGCUUGGCGUGGCCGGACACUUCACACAGCUGGUCUGGGAGGGAACCACCAAGGUGGGCUGCGCCAGGAACACUGUUGCCUGCCCUAAGAAUCAAUGGCGAACCAUUGUAGUGUGCAACUACAAGGAGGCCGGCAACUUGGCGGGGGCUUACGAGAAAAAUGUUUUGCCACCGUCUACUUCGCCUAAGUCCUCGUAG